CGUACAUCGCAGUCGCCGACCACGUCCGCGUCAAAGCGGUCCUGCAGUGCGUUACAACCACCGCGUUCGCCCACCCGCUGGAGUGGUACAAUACUUGAGCGUAAGUAUAUAAUUUAUAAUUAUAAUAUUAUACGCACACGAGCGUGUAUGGCGAUAAAUUUGCGGGAAUCGUGACGAAAAUCCUAUCUAUGCUAAUAUAUACGGUGGACCGCGAUCUGUCGUAGUAUUUAUCAAAAUUGUUAUUUCGCCGUCCGUCGCAGCGGUCGCGUGUAUUGUCGUCGUCCGACCGGAAACAUCGACGGCCUCACAAAAAUCAACAAAACAGUAAUGUUUGGGGUCAUACAGAGGUAUGCCUCAUGGUUGCCCGUGGAUGGUACCACUAUUUAGAUGGGCCUUGUUAUCUGGUUGCGUGGCCAGACCGCUGAGUUCCGAUACCAAAAUGUCCGAGGUUUUCACACAAAACAUGACAGAAGAAAAUUUAACUUGCUACACUUGCGUAAACGUAUCAGACAAUUUGACAUGCAACCAAUAUGCCAUUGAUAAACCAUGUGCUCGAGAUUUAGACUACUGUCAGACAUUACACAUAAUGGAUUCGACUGGAACUAGUGUCAUUGUGAACAAAAAAUGUGCUAACCGAACAGAAUGUCAUCCGUCCACUGUCGGUUGUCUAAGCAUUGACAGGCAGACUGUGUGCGUAUCCUGCUGCGACGACAUGUACUGCAACAUGACCGUGCCCACAAACCAGACGAAUGCAGUGGUAACAGUCACGCGCAAACAUCACACGAGUCCCACCAAAGGGCCGAAGACAAAAUCCGCUGGUGACAUACCGUGCACUCGACUGACGGCUGCGUCAUAUCUAUUAUUGUUUCUCAUGUUAUUGACCACCAUUAUAUAAUGUUAGAUCGUUAUGCGUUUAUAAAAAAAUAUUAUAUCUUAACCGUUACCUCGAUAAUUAUAUUAUAAUAUGUAGUUGAGUUUAGAUUUAGCUGUGAUAUAGGUUAUACGCGGCGAGCACAGUACACAAACAAACUUCAAACUUGCGUGGUUAUUAAUCAUUUGAAUUGCGCCAAGUGUGCCGUACGCUUGUGUAUAGCCGAUUCACAGUUAAACGCCAACAGAUAAUACUCGUUGGAAACAUUACGACCUUAAAUUUAGGUGGGCAGAGCGAAACAGAACGAUCAAAAAUACAUUAUUCGGAAACUAAAAGUAAUUUCUUGUUAUCUGCAUAUUAAAAUUAAAUCGUGGUAAAAACUUUUUUAGAAUCCGUACUAAUAUAAGAAAUUAUAAAAAUAAUGGAUAGGUUACGCUGCACGAUAUAUCAAAGUAUGGGUAAAUUGUUUUGUAAGAAAGGUCUAUAAGUCCCUUAGGAAACAAAGUAAUCAAUAGUUUUGACAUCAGUUAAAUUACCAUAUAAAUAUGCAGCACACAAUAAAUUAAGACAAGAUAUAUUUCAUAAAGUUUUUAUAAAAAAGAAAAAAGAAUACUCAUAGAAACCCCAUCCAUAACGCUUAUUUUUUUUUGCUCUGUCCAUACUUAUUCAUUCAAUAUGAACAAAUAAAUCCAUUGUUAUAUUUACCUACCUACUUAUUUGAAAAUGAAAAUGUUUUUAAUCGAACUAAAUUUUUUGUUUAUUUUUUAACCUUCUUGUUAUGACAUAAAAUAAACGAUACUAUAUAAUAAACUUA